UAGGCAACUUGACCCAAAUACCUGGAACAAAGCCUGAGAUUCAAGUCCAGCCUCUCACAGUGAUUAGGGAAAGCUCCCUUAUUCCAGUUAAAUCACACUCUAUAGGUUGACCAAUGGCUAAUCCUCCGUAGCUAACCGCCGUAGCUCCUCCCGCUCCCUCAGGAAUAAAACGCUCAGGUGCCAGGCUCCGCUGCAGUUCGCCACCAUGUUCCUCUGGCAGCUUCUCAGCGUUCUCUUCGUAGGUUCCAAAAAGCAGCAGAAGCCUAAAUAUGAGCUUUCCCGGUACAAGCGAGGCGACCUGCUGGAAGUUCCCCGGACGUUAUUCACCCACUUCGGCAUUUAUUUGGGCGACGACCGCGUGGCUCACCUCAUCCCAGACAUCCUGCCCGCCGUCUCCAGGAACAAAGGCGCCAUAGCCAAGAUGGUGACGAACCAGCGCCUGCUGCUGGGGGUCAUCUCCAAGGUCGCCAGCGUCAGAGUGGACUCCGUGGCAGACUUCGCCUACGGCUCCGACGUCCUGGUCAACCACACGGACAAAGUGAUCAAGCGGCCCCCGCUGGACGGGGACGAGGUGGCGCGAAGGGCCGAGAAGCUCCUGGGGUCGGUGACCUACAGUCUGCUGUGGUACAACUGCGAGCACUACGUGAUGUACUGCAGAUACGGCGUGGCCAUCAGCUACCAGACCUACCAGUUCUGCACCGCGGUCCGGAGGGUCGUCUUCAGCAGGACGAGCGCCUUCCUGACGGCGCUGGGCGGCGUGGGAGCGCUGCUGUGCGCGGGCUGUGCCACGCCGCUGGCGCUCGCGUGCACGCUGCUCGUCUCCUUCACCGUCUGGAUGGCGGCCUGACGGCCUUCGACGCGCCGUUCAGCUCCGAGACUAAAUGCACCAGGAUCUUCUCUCUCUGUCUAAAUCAGUCUGUUAUUCAUCAUUAAUCUCUUUUAAGAACAGCAGCUUAUAAAUUAUGAAUGGACUUAAAGUGCAGCACAGUGGCCGAACAAGAACCGGGACAACAAUGUGACGAUAAAGGAGAAACAACACACGUACUGCGCAGAAGCUUCACUGUUUUUAUCUUUGUAGUCUUCAUCAUCUUCAAUCUCAAGACAACAUUCAUCAUAUGUGAAUUAUGGGACCAUAGUAAACUCCAGGGUUCGAAUGUGCCACAGGCCACAAACAGUCCAGGUUAACGUUAGUGACUCGUUAGUGCAGACAGUGUUGCAGCCUCAUGUCAUAGCACAGUGAUAGUAGUUAUAGCCACAGCAUGGUUCCUAAAUCUUUGUACAGAGCCCCCGAAAGGACAUGGAGGAAAAGAAAUUUGCUGAACUAGGAAUGAUAUUAUUAUUGCGAGAUCUUGCAACAGUUCAUAAAAAGUCACACAAUAGUGAAGUAGUGAAGAACGGAAAUUAAAUGAAUUAAAGUGUAAGAAUCUAAGUUUGAUUUCUAAAUAAUUUACACCAUUGAAACAGAUAAUGGUUAUAUGAAGCUCACUGUAUGUACGUCUUGAUAAUCAUACUGCCUUGACUGUGUGUUGAUGCUGUUUGAUGACCUGUCCAGGGAUGAUGACAUCAUCAUCAUCAUGACGUUGUGUGGAUUUAUGAGACAAACCCCUGUAAAAAGCUGGAACUACUGUAUGUUGCUUUUUGUGCACGGUGUAACACACAAUCACAGACCAAGUGUAGAGAACAUGGCUCCACGUGAUGUUCGACAUUAUUUAAGAAGAACGUACACAACACGAUGAACCGGCAGCGUCUCACUCCCCCCUUCAUUCAGCUCGCUGGGAUUAAUGUAACAUGAUUCAUAUGCAGGAAGGCCACUGCUCAGCACAAGCACUAAUCAGGAGGAGAUCUGAGGUCUGACACGUCUCCAGGAUAAAUGUGACCGACUGGUUACCAGCGUGAGCAGGGUGGGUUUCAACUCCCAAUAACACGUGUACUCGGGCUAAAUUAAAAGUACUUUGAUUAAUCGCUCGAUUAAGCGACAAUAAACCACUGGGGCCACAUUAGUUUGGCGAAAUAAUCAAUAAACCUUUAAAUUUACCUUGAUUAAAAUCGAAUGUUGAUGCUUCAUGUAGAUGUGGAUUCCGUCCGCGGUGCCUUUAGUACAGGAGGUCAAACGGCGUUUUUUACGUGACUGUAAUGAAAAGUUUGCUUGUUUGACCGCUUGAUCGUGGCCUCGUGCACGAGAGCGCGCGACGCUCGCUCGAUAGUUUUAUUGAAUCGGCCGUGAUGAAACGCCGCCGCCGUUCAGACUCCGUGCAGCUCGGAAUGUUAAUGUCCGUGCGGCUCACGGUGAUGGAUGUCCCCGCUGCGCGCACACACGCAGCCGUGGAAGCUGCUGCGGGUUUCCACGCACACGCCGGUCACGUGGCUUUCGUCUGGAGCGGGUCCUGUUUGGACAAAGGGGCUCAUAAGUCAUUCAGUCGACGCUGUCGCGUUCACUUAGUGCCGCGGUUCACUUCUAAUUUACAGACGACCGUCAUUAGGAUGAAAUAGGAUCAAUAAAGCUUUGAGCUAAAAGCAAAGGGAUGAAGUCACUGGGAAACUAUCUAUACGUUGA